CAGUCUUUAUUCAUCAAAUGUUCUGUACCAUAGGAACCAGGUUUUUUUUUUGCUGAAACAUAGGAGCCAAGUUAGCCAUUGAGAGAGAUCGAUCCAUCGAGCAAUCCCCGACCAUGGUGAAGGUGAAACCGUCCCGCUCCGACGCCAUUGAUUUCUACAACAAGGUCCGAGAUGCUUUUGGGGAUGAAUCGCUGGAGCUGCACUUGUUCAUUGAAGCCUUCCGCAAGUACAGGUCGUCCCUCGACUCCGCCGUGUUCUUGGACAAGGUCACCACACUGUUAGGUGCCCGCCCGGACCUGCUCCGCUCAUUGAAUUUCCUCUUCCUGCCUGAUGAAAGAAAGAUCAAAAUCCGUGGCAUCAAUGAUCCGCGCCGCAAUAAAGCCGUGUCCAAACUCAUGUUUGAAUGCACGAUAGACUUCGUCACUAGGGCCAGGAAACAACUCAGGCACCAUCCCGGGGUUUACGAGUCGUUUGUCAAGAUCGUAAGUACCAACAAGGGCGAUCUGGUGGAAGCUUACAGCAAGGUCUCUAUACUAUUGAAGGAUUUUCCGGACUUGCUUUGCGACUGCAGCAGAUAUUUUCCGAAAUCCGUGAUCAAGAGAGCCAAGGAGCCCGAGACUAGUUUGAGUUGUGCAAGAUUCGGCCCCAGCUACAUGCUUCUACCGGAGGCCAAGGUCAAGUCAAGACCAGGAUCAGGGCUUGCAGCUCAGGUCCUGAACCACCAUGUCGUCUUAAAAAGGAACUUUCCUAUGUCGGAUUCCAGUGAGAAUCAGCGGGAGCGUUGCACACAUGUGAAUCAACAUGAUGACGAGCUGUUCUACUCUGAGGAUUAUCGCUACGAGCUGGACAUGUUGAUCGAGACCAUAAGGUCCGCCAUUGCCCGCAUAAAAAAUUUCCUCGAACAAAGUGAUCGCUCUGCAGGACCCAUAAAGGGCAUUCGAGAUCACCUGAUCGCGGCAGACCUGAGGUGCAUCGAGCAGAUAUACGGCGAGCAUGGCCUUGAAAUGGUGGACGGAGUGCACAAGGAACCGAGGAAGGCUUUGCCUGUAGUGCUGGGACGGUUCGAGCAGAAGGAAGCAGAGUGGGUUAAAUUUCGGUCGGAGAUGAACGAGAGAUGGAAGCAGGUUCAUCAGUCCCAGUAACUUGGCAGCUCUAAAAGCUCUAGGCCUAACAUGAUCAGGAAGUCCACGCAAACCCUCCACAUCAACUGAUGUUUUAUGCAAACAUACCGAACUAGGAAAACAUAUUCUCUAGUAUUAAGAUUGAUUUGAUCACGGCCAAAUGGUCUCUUAGCCGGGUAGACAGUGGAUUAAUUUACUUUGUAUAGCUUCCUUUUUAGUCAUUACUCUUAUGAAUGAAUCCUUGUUGGCAAUGGUGACAAUAUGUUUGUCGUGUCGCCCUCAUGCUUGUCUUGCAACUGAAGAUAUUGAACAGGUACAAUAAUGGAAAUGCAGAUCUCUUCAGACCCAAA